CAGCGAUCAGCGGGCCAUAUCACUCCACCGUACCGAUUAACGUUUUAACACUGGGCUUCUUCUCGAGCUAGGAUAUCAACGCUCACAAAGAUUAACUCCCAGUUAGUACAUACUGCCACCCGCACAGAGCCGUGGUCACCGGAAAGGCGCGGACCCGAUAACCGUUGACAUCGGACAGGCGCCACAUACGUUGGAAGAGUUGGGUUAUGAGCAGGAAGCCAGCACUACGCACCACACACAAUAUCCACAACGCAACGAUUUCCAAAACGUACGGUCAUCGCCAACGCCAAACUCUACAGACCGUCUAUCGCUCUGUUUACCAGGUCAACACAACGAUGCCAGGGGUGCCUGAUACAGCAAGAGAUGCAAAUCUCACUUUGGGAGGCCACCCGGCGUUGGCGCAGACAACCCGAGGGCACACGAAUGUAGUAGAUGCGGUAGCUUUCUUCGACAACGGGCGACAGGUCCUCAAUGGUUCCUGUGACUGUACCCUGUGGAUGUGGGAUGUAGAGCAAGGGGGUGGAGCUCGUCCAAGAACACCAUAGGCAAGGACUGGCAGACUGCUGUUCUCUUCUUCGAAAGCGAUUGCAAUGGAUCGACGGGUUCAAAAAAUGCGUAAACUACAUCACCA